AUGAGUAAAGGUAGAGGACGAAAGACCAACAAGUCUUAUAUCGCCUUAUUCAUAUGUUUUUCUACGAAAGCAAUCCAUUUAGAAGCUGUUAGUCAGUUAUCAUCGGAUGCGUUUAUCGCGGCGUUGCGUCGUUUUGCUGGGAGACGCGGAUGCCCGCGGAAGAUUUAUAGCGACAAUGCGACCAACUUUGUGGGUGCAGAGCGAGAGCUCGCCGAAUUGUAUCAGGCGAUUCGAACUUCUUUCGAUGAGCCCAUAAACGAAUAUUGCUCGUUAAACGAGAUUCAAUGGAGCUUCAUUCCACCUCAUGCACCUCACAUGGGUGGCCUAUGGGAGGCUGGCGUCAAGUCCUGUAAAUAUCAUUUAAAGCGGGUAAUUGGGGAGACUGUGCUCACAUUCGAAGAGCUCAGCACGGUUUUGGUUCAGAUUGAGGCAUGUCUAAAUUCCAGACCGCUGUGCCAAUUGCCAUCGAGCCCAAAUGAUUUGCAACCACUGACUCCGGCACAUUUUUUAAUAGGACAGUCAAUCACGGGAUUACCAGAUAUGGAUUUAAAAGAGAGUCCUGUUAAUAGACUCGACCGAUGGCAGUUGAUUCAGCGUCUUACACAACAUUUUUGGAAGCGAUGA